GUCCCAUAGUAACUCGGGUUUGAGGAACAACGCUGUGCUUAAAACCAGUCACUCAAUUUGAAAAAUAUCCUAACCAGUUACCAUAAACAAUGCCCAAUUGUUGAGCUACUCUUUCGAUAUUUUUCAGGGUAUCGAUACUAAUCUUACCUUUCUCCUUCCAGAAUUUAUGUGGUUUCUCUGCCUCAUCUUUUGACAUUCGCAUAUCUUGUGUUGUGUAGCAGAUGAAUCGUCAUUGAUUGUGCGUGAUGGUUGACAGCGUAGUGUUGCGUGUGUGGUAUGUGUAAUACUGGAGAACUGUGUGGGUAAUCGAAUCGUGGUUUAUGGUAUGGAAAUGGACUGCAAAGAAGAGAGGCAGACUUUCAAAUGAAGCUACCCUUGUAUAUGUGCCUGCAAAGUGUAAUAACUAACUGCACCAAUUGAGAGUAUCAGAUAUGGUUUUGUGAACCAUGUUCCAUGCUUGGAUCAGCAGAAGUUGGCUUAUAAUUGCAAAACUCAUGAGUGCAAAGCUACAACGAUCAUGCAGUGUGCAAAAUUGAAAUAAAGAUUGAUUGACAUCACAAGAAGAGGGAACAUGCCACAGGAUGCUGCGCAAAGCCAAAUGGGUAAACCCCCUAAAAGCAAGAGAAUAACAAUUCCACGGGUCCAGAGCAACACAGAUAAUGAAAACCACCCAGCUCUUUUUCCUAGCUGGCGCUCAGAUCUUGACUCUGAAGUGCCUGUACCACCCACAUUUAGAUCAAGACUGCAUGAUCUGUUCAACCAGAUAGAGAAGGAAUUUGAAGCACUUUACACAGAGAAUUUAAAUUUGCAAGAAAAGAUUGACAGCCUAAAUGAACGACUAGAGAGGGAAUCCUGUAUUGGUGACAAGCAGAGCUGUGAUUUUCCUGAUUUUGACAAUGCAUAUUCAAAAAGUCUUUCGAAACAGAAAUCGGUGACUGGUUCAUCACAGAAACUGAAAACAGCUCACAAACUGAAAGCACAGACAAGCAAGAUUGUAUCUAGUUUCAAAGGUCCAACUGUCAGUUGUUCCUUAGUCCGUGAAUUCUCGGGCCAUAAGGAUGGUAUCUGGGAUGUGGCAACAGCACGCCCUGGUCAGCCGCUCAUUGGCACAGCUUCUGCAGAUCAUACAGCAUGCAUUUGGAGUGUGGAAACAGGUCGUUGCUUGCUGCAGUAUCAAGGUCACCAGGGUUCUGUGAACUCUAUACGUUUCCAUCCGAAUAAAGAUGUUGUCCUGACAGCGAGUGGAGAUUGUACAGCUCAUGUGUGGCAGGCAGCAGUCACCUGGGAUCAACCAGUGAAAGGUCAGUCAUCUGAUGAAGAUCCAGACUCAUGUGAGAAGGAUGAUUUUGGUUGUGAAGACACCAGCAGUGGAGCACCUUGCCUCCGUACACCCGUUUGUGAAUUGACAGGACAUGCUGGAGUGGUUGUUGCUGCUGAUUGGUUACCUGGUGGUGAACAGGUGAUAACUGCUUCAUGGGACCGCACCGCCAACUUGUAUGAUGUUGAAACGGGUGAAUUGUUGCAGUCUCUUGGAGGUCAUGACCAAGAGUUAACACAUACUUCAUCACAUCACUCCAAUCGUCUUGUUGUCACAUCAUCAAGGGACACAACAUUUCGACUGUGGGAUUUCAGAGAACCAAUUCAUUCAGUCUCUGUUUUUCAAGGACACACAGAGACUGUUACUUCUGCAGUAUUUACACGUGAGGACAAAGUUGUUUCUGGUUCAGAUGACAGGAGUGUAAAAGUAUGGGACUUAAGAAAUAUGCGAUCACCCCUUGCAACUGUACGUGCUGACUCAGCUGUAAAUCGUUUGGCAGUAUCUGCUGGAGGUGUUGUUGCAAUACCACAUGACAACCGACAAGUACGUUUAUUCGACUUGAAUGGUCAGCGAGUUGCUAGGUUACCACGCACGAGUCACAAGGGACAUAGACGGAUGGUAUGCUCUGUAGCAUGGGCUGAUGAAAACACAAGUGUACCAUGCAAUUUCUUUUCAUGUGGAUUUGAUCGACUGAUACUUGGCUGGUCGGUCCAGUUGAGCAAAGAUUUGUAGAUUUUGCAGUGGAAAAUUGCUGUGAUCAUUGACCAUUUUAAAGUGUGUAAAAACAAUACACAAACAGUACACAAUACACAUCUUCAUAUAGAAACUCAUUUUUGAAGGAUAUGUUAAUGUACAUGCUUAUUUCAGAGCAAAUCUGUUUAUCAGUGUCUAAAAUGAAUUCUCAUUUUAUUAUUUGUUGAGUCCCAAUUUGUUGUGAGGGGACUUGUAUAAUAGUCUUGUAAAAACAACUGUUAAAAGUCAGAUGUAAAUAAGCAUUGAAUGAUAUAGGUGUUGCUGUUUUACAGAUAUUCAUCUAUUCAAUCUUCUGAAAUCCUAUGAGUGCCUUGUUACAUUAUUUUAUGCAGCUCCACAGCAGUUUAUAAUUCACAAAAUUAAUAUUUGCUUAAAAACAGUGAGUGUACUGUUAGCUGUAGUAGUUUUACAUCUCGUCUUAAAUGCUUGUUCAUUCUCUUGUGUUUGGCAGUAGAUCUACUGUUUCUUGUGCACCAUAUUAAAAGAGAGAGAGAGAGAGAAAUUUUCUGUUACUAAGCAUUGUAUCCAUAAAACUGUACUGACUGUUUUGUUCCUUGUAAAUGAUGAAUUGGUUACCCUAAUUGUUCCUUCUGUAAAUAAUCUCAUAUUACAAUUUGGUUAUGUGCUGUACUUUUUGUUGUGAUAUUUGUAUUGUUCCAUUAUUUUCCUAUAAUUUGUCACAGUCUUUGUAGUGAGCAAAGUAUUGCUCUUUUGUAUUCUAAUAAUGCAAAUAUAUUGAUGUUGGUGUGUGUUUCA